AUGCUCCCCCUUCUCUUUACCGUGCUGGGCCUGCUCGUCUCGGCAUGUGUUCUGAUGCUGGUGGUCUCCGUCCAGCGCACCGCCGACGUGUCCUCCUGGACUCCCAGCCACGUGCAUGGCGGUGUGAGUUUGCUGGACAGCUCGAUGAUCACCAGACUCUCUGAGUUCCCAAACUCUAUGAAGACGCUCGAAAGGAAACUUCUGGACUUGGAGCAAGCCAUCCACGACCUCAGUGAAGAGAUGCGUGAUGGCAAUGACGGCGCAGGCUCUUGGCUUUUGAGGGUGCGCUCCGGCUCCGCAGGGCACCGGCCCCUGCCCUGGCCCCUGCACCGGCCGCGCCGGUGGCGUCACCGGCAGAGAGGCCUCCAAGCAAAGAGGCCGAAGCUGCGUCCACAACUCGACCAAGUGCUGGAGCUCUGA